CUCUUUUCUCUGCUCUUUUCUCUGCUCUUUUCUCUGCUCUUUUCUCUUUUUAACCACUUGUUUGCUCUUUGCAGUUUUGCUUUUACUCUAACGCUAUCUCAUCUAUGGCUGUGCUGACCAAGAUUAAGCAUAGCAUCAGCUAUUUUCCUUUACUUGCGGAUGUCGGUGCUGCACUAUCAGCCUUUUCAUGGCUGCAGUUAGCUCAACUAUGCUAUGUGUCGACCACUGUUGUUAUAAAGUCGGUUUAUCAGUACUAUCGAAAUGGACCGCGCCUGCCGAAGUGGGACCUAGCAAUCCAGCUGACAGUUGAUCUUGGAUCCAGUCUGUCUAAGGUCGUGUUUCCAUAUCAGACAAAUGACGAUGACAUCGAGCGCAUUGACUUUCACAAGAUUGUGAUUGCAGUUCGCAGAUGGGGUGACAAAAAACUAGCGUGGCCAAAGGAGAAGGGAACAUACCGUAGUCACAAUAUCAACACACAGGAAGUAGAGAUCGACAUAAGCAAGCUUGCCGAUAUCGAGAUAGUCGGGACGAAGCUUACCAAUCUUGCUCAGAAUGAUAUGGCGCUCCAGGACCCCCGAAUUCUUGAGUGCGAGAUUAUCUUGGGGAACGCUGCUAUCCAGACGCUAGAAUCCCACGCUACCAACGCCGGCAAUCUCCUUGAUACCGUUCCUGUGGUGAAAGAUGAGAAAAUCGUAUUGUAUUUUCAUGGCGGCGGCUGGAUCCUAGGAAACAUUGAGACGCACCGGGGGAUAACGGAUGAAAUCUCCCAAGCAUCAGGCACUCGUGUUGUCUCUGUCAACUACCGUCUAUCGCCAGAGCAUGCUUUCCCAGCACACCUGCUCGAUGCGUACAUCUCCUACUGCUUCCUGCUCAAGCAAGGGUUCAAGCCGUCGAACAUCGUUGUUGCUGGUGACAGCGCUGGUGGACAGCUGGCCCUUUCGCUGACUCACCUGCUCCGCCAUAUCGGAGCGCCAGUGCCAGCCGGCCUUGUACUUUUGUCGCCUGCUACAGACCAAAGGCACAUCAAAUAUGAGCAUGAUGCGCCUGCUGUACUCGAUUAUCUCAUGUAUAUGCCUGUUGAGACACCUGCAUCUAUGGUGCGCCUGAUGAUCGCGCCUGGACAACCUCUGAGUGAGCUGAUGAAGAGAGAGCUCGAGUCACCACUCAUAUCGCCUAUAUAUGGCUCGUUCAGCGGAUUUCCAUAUACUCUGAUCCAGACCGGCGGCUGCGAAUGCCUUCUCGAUGGAAAUAUUGCCCUGUGCGAAAAGAUAAGAAGCCAGAAUCCUGAUGUGCCCGAUAUUGUUCGGCAAGAUGUGUAUGAUGACAUGCCACACGACUUCCAUCUCAUAUUUCCGUAUCGGCGGGAAGCUAGCAAGUCGUAUAAAGUCAUUGGUGAGUUUAUCAAUAAUCUCUGAGCUCAAUUGCGGUAUACGCCAUCUUUGAACUCCUAUAUAGCUACAGAUUUUAGCUGCCAAUAAAUUGGGACCAUACGCUACCGA